AAAUCGAAAUUUCAAUUUUUAAAAAAUAAAAAUUUCUCUAACCUAUUGGGUUCGCCGUGGACCCGAUAACCCGUUUCCCGACCCGGAAAAACUCCAUUUUUUUCUCGAGUUCAGUAUAAUAAUGACUCGUGCCGGAGCUCGCCGGAGCCCGACACCGGAAUCAAAAUCAUCCGCCGAAGGUGGCGGAGGCGGAGGCGGCGGAGGAACUACCGCGAUGAGAGUCAUAGUGCCUUUACAAGGAGUGGUUCAGAAUCGCGGCGGUUUGUUCCUGGGCUCGGUCAUUCCAUGUGGUCUCUUCUACUUCCUUCAGCUUUACCUCAAACGCAACCGGAGAACCGAACCCGACCCGACGACCGACCAGUCCUCCGGUUCUUCACCCGGGUCUGGUUCUCCGGGUUCGGCCCGGUCGCAAUCCGCUGGGCAUCUCACGGAGCUCACUGGGUUACCUCGGUCUCUCUCUCGGGUUCUUCUCUGGCCGAGAAAUUCGGGUGGACCCGUUUCGGUUUCGGGUUCGGGUCGGGCGAAUACUGUCAUCAAGGGCGGUGACUCGCCUUACGACGUGGGGAUGAAGCUGGUCGAGGAGGACCCGUAUGACGAAUCGGGUAACGCGGAUGGCGUCAUCGAACUCGGUUUAGCUCAGAACAAGGCUGUUGCAGGGUUCAUGUCUGAAGCAACCAAGAAUUCGGUUUCCUUUGAUCCAUCACAGUUAUUAUUGACUUCUGGUGCAUCAUCAGCCAUUGAGAUUCUUUCUUUUUGCUUAGCUGAUCCUGGAAACGCUUUCCUGAUUCCUACACCAUGUUCCCCAGGAUUUGAUCGGGACGUGAAAUGGCGAACUGGGGUGGAUGUCAUACACGUUCCUUGCAGAAGUGCUGACAACUUCAACAUAUCUGUGAGUGCACUCGAUCGGACAUUCUGUCAGGCCAAGAAACGUGGUGUCAGAAUCCGUGGCAUCAUAAUUUCUAACCCGUCGAAUCCAGUGGGAAGUCACUUGAGCAGAGAAAACCUCUAUGCCCUUUUCGACUUUGCCCGGGAGAGAAACAUCCAUGUAAUCUCCAACGAGAUCUUUGCAGGAUCGGUCCAUGGGAAUGAAGGAGAAGGGUUUGUGAGCACGGCUGAGAUCGCAGGCACAGACGAGAAUCUUGACCGGGAAAGAGGUCGGAAACGCGACAGUGGCGUAUCUGGAAAUAAAGGGCGGAAUGAACUCAGACGAAUAUCUUUCAUUGGUUUCAGAGUCGGUGCCAUCUAUUCCUUGAACAAGAACAUUCUAGAAGCUUCCAGAAAGCUCAUGAGGCUCUCACCCAUAUCAUCUCCGACUCAGCAUUUGCUCAUAUCUGCACUUUCCAACCCAAGUUUUGUUCAGACAUUUGUGAAAACCAACAGGGAGAGAUUACAAAAGAUCUACACAGAAACUGUGAAGGGUUUGAAAGAUUUGGGGAUAAGCUGCAGCAGAAGCAAUGGAGGAUUCGUCUGUUGGGCUGAUCUGAGAGGAUUCAUGUCCUCUUACACUGAGAAAGGCGAGAUUGAACUGUGGAACAAGCUCUUGAACAUUGGCAAGAUCAAUGUAACUCCAGGAUCUUGUUGUCAUUGUAUAGAACCAGGAUGGUUCCGGUUUUGUUUUGGUAAUUUGUCUGAGAAAGACGUGCUUGUAGUUAUCAACCGUAUCCGAAAGGUAGUCUGCAUUGAGUAA